UAGGACAGCGUGUUUUACCAGGUCAAUAAUGCACAGUUAUCGCCCACAACUCUUGACAAACAUCUUCCUCCUCUUUUUCCUAACUUUUGCAGUGCAAGUGAAGUGACACAUUCCAUAUAGCUUCCAAAGUUUAGAUAGAUUGACUAAAGAUGGUGCAGUGAAGUGACACAUUCCUUAUAGCUUCCAAAGUUUAAAAUAUCUCCUACCUUGCUCCUCUUCCAACCAAAUCCAAAGAAAGCAAAUACGAAUCAAUAAAGCUUUCAUCUCCAUCCUAAAUAUUACUUGACCAUGGAUAACUCUGGAAUAGUAUUCACAGUAUUAUCUCUAUCUCUGGCAAAAAGUUUAUUCAAACUCCUGAUUGAAUUCGGCAACACAAUUGAGCGCGUAGAAUGGAUUGAAAGAGAGCUGAGAUCAAUGGAGGUAUUGUUGGAACGGGUCGGGCAGCGCAGGUACGUCGAACAAGAACAAGAGUUGAAUGAGUGGGAGGAGAAGUUGAAGGAAACUGCACGUGAUGCAGAGGACGUCAUAGAAACUUUUGUAAUAAAAUCAGUCAAGAGGAGGAGGUGGGGAGUUCUGUAUUGGAUAGACAAAUACAAGAUUGGGAAAGAGCUUCAGAAGAUCCACGAAAGGAUGAGAGACGUCUCUCAGACUGGAAUGAACUUAUAUACCGAUAUUGCCAGUAUCUCUGUUGAAACAACUCCAAGAGGAGAAGCAUCAUCAUCGUCCGCCACAAGCACCACAGUAGUAGUAGCUAUCAAGAAGCUUGAUCACAUUCUGUGUCAAAAUACUAUUGUUAGCGAUGAAGAGAUAGAGAUGGUAGAGCGACUAAAAGCUGAAUUCAUCUACCUGCAAAAUAAUAUUGUGCCGUCUAAUUUGAGUUGGUUAAGAUGUGAAGGAGAAAACGUGUGGUUGGAAGAGGUGAAGGAACUUUGCAAUUAUACUGAAAGUGUUGUGGAUAAUUUCAUCCUUAUCAAGGAAAGAUGGUCUAAAAUGGGCAGACUUAAGAAGCUCCUUUAUCUAUUAGCUGAUUAUGCUCCUGAAAAUGAAUUAAAGAAGCAGCUGAAGUUUAUCAGAACCCGAAUAGGAGAUGCAACACACAGAAGUUUGACUUACGAAGUUUGGGGACUAUUAGACAUGGGACUGGAAUUUAAAAAAACAACUCCCGUACCAGACUUCUCACAAGGGAGCUCGAUGAUUAUCGACUCUCUAUUAGCUAUUGCUACUACUGUUACGUUCAUGACAAUACAAUCCUUCAUGUUACAAAUCUUUUUUUUUCUUCAAGUUUUGGUUACCAUGAUGUUUGGUGUAAGAGGAAAAACAAUAAAACGGAGAUCCAAGUCCAGUCUGAAGAAGAAGACGAAAUGGAAGGGAAUGAAAAUAAUAAGAUGGUUUAUGCGCUUCUUGUUUUCAGCUGUAAUUCAUUUACCAAAUUUCCGCCUGUUUCAGUUUCACCCUGCCCUGGCAAUGUUCCUUUUCAUGUUGAGUUACUUACUUGUUGAAGUUAUUGCAUGGAGUAGGAAUUUGUGGAGGUCUAUGGACAAGAAUUUGAAGUGUACCCAAAGCUAUUUAGCUCAAAUGCGUGCGUUUUUAAGUGAUACAGCUGAGAGUGCGGAAAGUCUAAAUAAAAGGCAGACAGUGUGGGUGGAUCAAGUGAGAGUAGUAUCACAAUAUGGUCAAUCUCUUAUUGAUGCAUAUCCAAAAGGCAAGGGUGGUUGUUUGAGGAGAAUUAAGUUUUCCAUGGACAUCAACUGUUUGUUGAAAGAGAUUCUUGAUAUAUCAGAUAGGAAGGUCGUUUAUGGUAUUGCAAAUAUUCAAAGAACACAAGCAGAGCAUCUACCUUUAUUAACCCCAAUUAGCAGCAUUCAAGAAAGAGAUAUUGAGAAUGAAAUCAUUUCUGAACACGAAGAAAGUUUGGAUGCUACGCCAGCAGCAGCGGCCUCCUCGUAUCAACCUGUCAUGGGGUUCAAAAAGAAGGUCCAAUUAAUCAGAGGGGAAAAGGAUUUGAUGGACGCGUUGCUUCUGGAUGCAAAUGCAAUGGGAGAGCUAGAUGGAAGAUCCAAAAUAUGGGUGGAGCAACUAAGAGGUAUUUCCCUUGAGGCUCAGUCUGUCAUUAACAAAAAUUAUGCCAAAUUGAUGCAUAUACCAAUUCUCAACUACAUUUUUAAGUACUGGACCCGACAUGUUGUUAGUAAGAAGCUAGAUGGUAUCAGAAACAAAAUUGAAGAUACAUCUAGGAGAAGAAAAGCAUAUGGUUUAGUGCAAAUUCAAAGCCGGGUCGUAUCCAAGGUUCAAAUAUUACGUGCAAGGAUGCAACCGUCUCUUGUUGCCAAGAAUUCCGGUGUGGUUGGAUUUGAUGACGACGCACAAGUUCUGAUGGCGGAGUUACUGUCAGAUGAGAAACGUCGCUGCAUUACUUGGAUUGUUGGAAUCGGAGGCAUAGGUAAGACAACACUAGCCAAGUUGAUAUUUGAAGACAAAACUGUUGUAGCUCAUUUUCAGCAUUGCAUAUGGGUGUCACUGCCGUCAAAUUGUACGACAAACCAGUUUGUUGAAGAAAUUGGCAAGGAAGCCGCCAAGAAAAUUACUGUAAAAGAAGAAAACUUGUCCACUGAUAACGUACUCGCAACCUUGGCGCGUACAAAGUACUUGAUAGUUGUUGAUGGCAUAAAAGAAACAUCCAAAGUAUACUUGGAUAUCUUGAACAGAGCUAUACCCGAUAUGUCAACCGGAAGCAGAGUUCUUUUUACCACUCGCAAUGCAGAUGUAACCCAACAUGCAGCAGGUACAAUCUUUCUUUACCCAUUGCAGCUAUUAGAUGAUGAAACUAGUUGGUUGUUGUUCUCAAGACAUUUGAAGGUGGACAUUUCCGCCAAGUCAGAAACAGAACUUAUCAACAUUGGAAAAAAAAUUGUGAUGAAAUGCGGAGGGCUGCCAUCAGAAAUAUUGAAAAUGAGUGAUUUGCUUUCACAUAAAGAUAUUACGCAUGAGGAGUGGUCAAGCGUGUUGGCAGGGCAGCAGCUCAAUGAAGAUCAAAUGCAAAGUUGGUCUGAAAUGUCAGACACAAUUAAUACAAACUUACCUUCAUAUCUGAGAAGAUGUCUAUUUUACUUUGUGCUAUUCCCCGCUGAAUUUGAGAUCCCUGUCAGAAGGUUGGUUGUUUUGUGGGUUGCCGAGAGUCUGGUUCAUCAAGCAGAAGCUAACAAAGUGCCCCCGGAGCUAGUUGCAGAAAGGUACUUGACAGAGUUGAUAGAUCGGGACAUGGUUCAAGUUGCCAAGAGAAAGCGCAAUGGAAAGGUGAAAACAUGUCGUCUCCCUAGUGCUCUGCGGCAACUCUGGUUGUCAAAGGCUAACGAGUCUAGAUUUCUACAAGGCCGCCGAUCUGCCACGGAUUCAAAUGCAGACCCAAAAAAGUCCAUUAUUUGCCGGGUUGCAGAUCAUCUUGAUAAAGAUGAUAUCUGGGACGAUCACAUUCAUGGAGACAGUACUGAUUCAACUUCCUUUCAAACCUAUUACAAGGACGCUCUCUCCUUUCAUUCCUUUGAUACUCAAGAGGGGAGUAAACCUGGGCAACAAGUAGGUAACUUUCUUGAGGGAUGUAUUUCCAGUGAUUGCUUCUUACUCCUUCUGGUGCUUGAUCUUGAACGCGUUUACAAGCCCAACUUGCCCAAAUGCAUAGCAAGACUUACCCGACUAAGGUACCUUGGGUUGAGAUGGACCUACUUAGAGUCACUUCCAUCAUCUAUAAGGAAGUUGUUGAAGCUGCAGACACUUGAUCUCAAACAUACUUACAUACAUACUCUACCUACCUCAAUCUGGAAGAUGGAACUCAGACACUUGUUCUUGAGUGAGACUUACCGCACCAGAUUUCCACCUCAACCAAAAGGUAAUUUUCUAUCUGACCUCCAAACAUUGUGUGGACUGUUUGUGGACGAGGAGACUCCAGUCAAGGAUGGCUUGGACAAAUUAGUCAAUAUCACAAAGUUGGGAUUAGCAUGCCAAUCAAUGUCACUAAACCAAGAGGCGAUGAUAGCUCAACUUGAGACCGUAUCUGACUGGAUUACAAAAUUAGAAUACCUUCAGUCACUGAGACUGAAAUCUAGGGAUGAACAAGGUCGACCUUGGACUUUACACUUGAAGUCCUUUGAAAAUAAUACUUAUCUCACGGACAUGUAUUUGCUCGGAAGCUUGAGCAGUUCAUCUAUUCUGUCCCAAUUUCCACAGAGCCUCAUUGAACUUAACCUAUCACAUUCAAGACUACAGGAUGAUCCCAUGAUACUUUUGAAAGAUUUUCCAAAUCUUCAGACACUGUGUUUACUCGCGGAGUCAUACACGGGAACGACUAUGGUUUGCGAAUCUCAUAGCUUUCCUCAGCUUCAUGUAUUAAAACUUUGGAAGUUGGAGCAGUUAGAGGAAUGGAAGAUAGAGCCAGAAGCACUCCCUUGUCUCAGACAACUCGAAAUCAGAUCCUGUCCCCGUCUGAAAAUGCUUCCUGAUGGACUAAAGCAUAUCAGCACUCUGCGUGAGUUGAAGUUAACAAACAUGCCAAGGGAAAUCAAUGCUGAGAUAUGUAACUUCCCGCCCAACUGUCAGGUCGUCCAAACUCAUUUUCAGUAGAAUAUGUUUCCAACCACUGCACAGCACGUGAGCAUCUGGAAUUUAUCUACCGUGGCUUUGUUCUGAAGGAAGGAUUGCAUAUUAACAAACUUAGUUGCUUGCCGUGCAAAUGGAACUACUUACUCGCGUGUUGUUGUUGAAGAAUAAAAGAUAGUGGACUGAUAGUGAGUUUGAUUUUUCGUUUGAAGUGGAUGUAGGUAGUAAUUUAAACUUGUUUGUAGACUUAUUUUCUAUGUAUAAUUUGUAUUUGUUGCUAUGUUAUGUAAUCCUAAUAUUGUGUGUGAAAAAUAUUAGUAUUGGGACAAGUUAGUUUCCUAGACUGUUAUGAAUGCAAGAAUUAUUCUGAUA